CUACAGUUUCCACGACUCCGAAUUCCCCCACUCUACUUCCUACGGUUGUAAAAGAAAGAUUCAACGAAUAAUUCCCCCCCGCCCAGAAUUAUACCAAAAUCCUUAUAAACUGCCUUCUUUAUUUUACACCCGAGAAAAUCAAUUCCCAUCUCUAUAUUCUCUACUAAAGUCUUAAACUUUCCUGAGAAAACAUUUUCCGAGUCCCAAGCAAAAAUGGCGAAUCCCAAAUCCGACGAAAUGGGCGGUUCCAUUUCCUUCACCGAUUUCCCAGAGGACGUUCAGCUCUGCAUCCUGUCGUUCCUCUCGCCCUCCGAAGUCUCCACCUUCGCUUGCACAUCGAAACGCUUCGUUUCGCUGUGCCGAAACGACGCCAAGCUUUGGUUCACCAUGUGCCAUAGAAGGUGGGGCUCCAAGACCCAGAUUCGAAAAUGGGGAAACGGCAAGAUCGCCUUCAGGCUUCUCUACAAAACGCUUAACGAGUGGGAAAAUCUCAUCGGUUUUUGGCGCCGAAGCGGUCGUGGAAAUAUCGGAAUCUCAUCGCCGCCGUUGGUUUUCUUCGAGUGGGGCCCAUCGUUUCUAACCGGUUCGAGAAUUUCCCCUUCGAAAAACGGUACCUACAGUGUUUUGAAGUCACCGUUUUUGUGGAUGACACUGUCGCAGGAGGGUCAGACCGUGAAUUUCCUCGACCCGGACGGUCGGGCCGAGGUGUUGGAUUGUGUCGGGGAAUUGGAUUUCUCGGAUAACGAUUUGGUUCCGGUGAAUUUGAGCUUUAUGGGGAAGACCCAUUUCGUUGUCGAAGAAAACAUGAACUUUUUCGCGUUUUCGAGUUCGAACUUUCGGAGGAGUUCGAGCUCUUCGAAUAUGAGAUGUGACGAUGAAACAGAGGAUUCGAUUGGAGGAGAUAGUGGGUCCUUCUCGCCGAGUCACUCACCUGGGAGCUUACCGGACCGGUUAAUGUCGGAGAUGUAUCAGCAUUUUGCGAACCGGACGAGUCCAGGUAGUGGGGAUAAGAGGAGGCAGAGGAGGAAAGAGAAGGAGAGACAAGGGAAGAGGAAAUGGGAGGCUGAGCAUUUCGUCAAGAUCGUUAAUUGCUCGCCCACGCUGACUCGCCCUUUGCAGGGCCUCUGGAAGGUAUUCUUUAGCUCAUUUGUAUCAAAUAAUAAUUCAAUUUCUUUGUUUCAAUUGGAUUCAAUUUUGUUCAUGAUUGCUAAGUUAAGUUUGCUAGCUAUAAAUAAUAUCUCAUGAUCAAGACAAUUGGCUGAAUCGCGCAAAACAAUUUCGUAGAAGUUCAUUGAUAACUAAAAGGAUGAUAUUUUGUAAUUAGUACACACAUCUUAAACUAUGAGCUCCCCCUGCUCUUACAAGAGGAGGUACAUUUGAGCUAGAGCUCAUCAUUAGUUCAUAGAAUGCAGCCCCAACCAAAGAAAAUAUAUAUAUAUAUAUAUAAUUCCGUUGAAUUUGAAAUCUGGAAGUUGAAAAUGUUGCAAUUCCUUUUGUGUGUUCCCUGAAGUUUCUUGCCUUCAGUUGAGCAUGUGCAAUGUUGUCUAUUAGUGAAUUUUGAACUAUAGUGCAGAGUGAGUGUUGGAGAGAUGUUCUUAAAAUAUCUUGGGGUAUACAGGUAGGUAUGUUAUGGUCUAGUACCUACCUGUACGUGUGUCUAUGUUCCUAUGUGCACAUGGAGAGAUGUUUUUACUAUUUACCUUAUUUUUGCUACUAUUCAUGGGUCUCAUUUCACUUUUUGGUAUUAUUCAUGAGACUCACUGUACCAUUUCAACUACCUUUUAGCUUUAUCUACAGUACUUUCAGUAAAAAGUUUCCAACUUCCGCUGUUCCCAAACGGACUCUUAAUUGAUAGAACUACUAGAAAUAUAAAAUUCUGAUGCUAAUGACUCAAAGGUUUGUCUUAGUUUUGUAUUACUGAAUAUUUGAAUAUGAAGGAAUAUUAGAGGGUGCUUGGAAACCACACUUCAAACCUUAUAUGAUCAAGGAUCAAAUAAAAUUGAGCUCUAGCUACUGAUAUGAAACAUGAAAGCAGUAGGGAAUGUAUAUGGGAUCCAGUCACCAAGGUUUUUCUUUGGAUGAAGAAACAGUGCACCUUUAUUUUUUGAAGCCCUUAUUCAUCGUUGACUAAUCAAACACUUCGUCAUUGCCAAUAGACUCUUGGUCUGAGUUCUACAUUUGGCUUAUGAUAAAAAAACAGCCAUUGUGAAUUGGUUUAUAUGUUUAUUUUGCAUGCCACGUACAAAAGUUAUGCACCCAAAAAGUACAAAUGUCUGACGCUUCUUUUGAAAAUGAGUGGACUAUGAAACUUGGUCCUAUCAGUCUAAGAACAAUAAGUCCAUAGAAGUUUUCACAGCUUUUUUUUUUUUUUUCAAAA